AUGGAAGUCAGCGAACGCGAAGACCAAACUAGCGAAGCUGAUGAAGAUGACGUUGAGUGCUGCGUAUGUUUUUGGAAAAAUAAACGAUGUACAUCAGACAGCAGUUACAGAUGGUCUCCAAGAAGAUUGCAAGCGUGACACUCGAGUCAGACUCAAAUCCUGAAACACCGAAGACUGCCGAAGAGCGUACUGUUCGUAGAAAGAAGCGAACCAAGAGGAAGGGACAGCAGAUGGAUGUGGAUCCGACCCCGAAGGCCAAGUCUGAUAGCAAGUACAUGGAUUGCGACGGAUUCGAAUCGCACAUUUCAUCGAGCGACGAGUCAUAUUCGGAAGAUAACAAAGGAAGGGAGGCAGACGAUGAGCAGAGCGACUGGGUCGGAUACUCUCCUCCGAGAGGCGUUUUCGAGUCUCCAUUCGACAGACGCUAUCACGUCAGAAGAUCUCAGCCUGCCGGUCAUCAGUCGUCCAGCUUGCAGAAGAAAAUUGAAAGGCGAGGCAAUGUCUUCAAUAAAAAAAAAACUAUCCUGUUCUCAGAUUUGCUCGAGAAGGAGGUCGUGGCGAGUUGGUACUCGAGACGCGUUUCCGUGAUGGAGCGGCCAACUCUCUUCUGCAAAGAUAUCUGUACAAAUACCAUUUGGAAGUGGUCCGUCGUCAACGCGGAACAAUAACUCUCCGCAAAAAGUUCGAGGCACCGUCCACUUCGAGCACUCGCUAA